AACCCCUGUCUUUCUCUAAAUUUUGGAGACCGAGUGUGGGAGAAGACAAAGAGUAGAGGGGGAGGAGAUUGGCAUCUGUGAGAAAAGCCCGAUUGCAGUAGAAGACGAGGCUAUUGAGGGUUACAGAACCAGCCACUUGGCCCCAGGAACUGAAAUUUGCAAUCUAAGGACCCCUGGGUGUGGUCUCAGUGGAAGCUCCCAGCAGCAGCCAUCAUGGUUCUCCUGCUCAUGUCUGUGACUGUGCUGCAUCUGCUCACUCUGGCCAUGCUGUUCAUCGCUACCAUGGAGAAGUCCUGGUGGGUCUGGACCGAUGCUGAGAUCACAGACCUCUGGUAUAACUGCAUUCAUGACAACGCAACGGGAAACUGGCUGUGUGCUGCCUCCAAUGAAAAUGACUGGUUGCAGGCUGUCCAAGCCCUGAUGGUCUUCUCUGUGGUCUUCUCCUCUAUCUCCUUCCUGGUCUUCCUGGGUCAGCUCUUCACCUUGUCUAAAGUCGGGCUCUUCUAUUUCACAGGCCUUUGUCAGGUCUUCGCAGGUUUCACAUCAUUUGCUGCCUCGCUCAUCUUCACGUUCCACCGUAAGGAGAUCCUGGAGGACUCUAGAGACCUAAGCAUGGGUCACUUUGGCUACUGCUUCAUCCUGGCAUGGUCCUGUGUACCCCUCCUGCUCUUCAGUGGAGUUCUGUAUGUCCACCUGCGCAAGAAGCAGUGAGCCAAGACAGACGUGAGGUCAAUCAGCAGCAUCAUUCAAUAUUACUUGGUACUGUUAUCCUGUUAUCACUCGACUGUGGUGAACAACAACAGAGACGCGAUGAAAGAGAGGCCUUUAUUUUCUCUGUAAUAGAUUUCCAAUGGGAUUUACAUACAUUACAUGACCAAAAGUAUGUGGACACCUGCUCAUCGAACACCUCAUUCCAAAAUCAUGGGCAUUAAUAAUAUGGAGUUGGUCCCCCCCCUUUGCUGCAAUAACAGCAUCAACUCUUCUGGGAAGCAUUUCCACUAUAUGUUGGAACAUUGCUGGAGGGACUUACUUCCAUUCAGCCACAAGAGCAUUAGUGAGAUCCGGCACUGAUGUUGGGCAAUUAUGCUUUGCUCACAGUCAGCAUUUCAAUUCAUCCCACAGGAGUUAGAUGGGGGCUCUGUGCAGGCCAGUCAAGUUCUUCCACACUGAUCUCGACAAAGCAUUUCUGUAUGGACCUUGCUUUGUGCACGGGGUCAUUGUCAUGCUGAAACAGGAAAGGGCCUUCCCCAAUCUGUAGCCACAAAGUUGGAAGCACAGAAUCGUCUAGAAUAUCAUUGUAUGCUGUUGUGUUAAGAUUUCCCUUCACUGGAACUAAGGGGCCGAACCCAAACCAUGAAAAACAGCCCCAGACUAUUAUUCCUCCUCCACCAAACUUUACAGUUGGUACUAUGCAUUGGGGCAGGUAGUGUUCUCCUGGCAUCCACCAAACCCAGAGUCGUCCUUCGGACUGCCAGAUGGUGAAGAGGGAUUCAUCACUCCAGAGAAUGCGUUUCCACUGCUCCAGAGUAGUCCAAUGGCGGAAAGCUUUACACCACUCCAGCAGACGCUUGGCAUUGAGCAUGGUGAUUUUAGGCUUGUGUGCGGCUGCUCGGCCAGGGAAACCAAUUUCAUGAAGAUCCAGACGAACAGUUCUUGUGCUGACGUUGCUUCCAGAAGCAGUUUGGAACUCGGUAGUGAGUGUUGCAACUGAGGACAGAAUUUUUAUGCGCUACGCCCUUCAGCACUCGUCCCGUUCUGUCAGCUUGUGUGGCCUACCACUUCACGGCUGAGCCAUUGUUGCUCCUAGACAUUCCACUUCACAAUGACAGCACUUACAGUUGACCGGGGUAGCUCUAGCAUUGCAGAAAUUUGACAAACUGACUUGUUGGAAAGUUAGCAUCCUAUGACCGUGCCACGAGAGCUGUCAGUAAGGCCGUUCUUCUGCCAAUGUUUGUCUAUGGAGAUUGCAUGGCGGUGUGCUAAAUUUGAUACACCUGUCAGCAACGGGUGUGGCUGAAAUAGCCAUACCCACUAAUUUGAAUGGGUGUCCACAUACUUCUCUCUAUAUAUAGUGUAUGUAUUGUGUGCAUACUAUUACUGUAUCUGUGAAAUACACUUUUUCUCAUUUAA